AUGAGCUCACGAAAGAGGAUGAGCAUCGGGAACUUUAAUCUGCCUAAGUCUAGCCCCACGGAAGCCGUUAAGAGUAAUAAAGCCACCAAACGGCGUUCCUCGAUCUCGUCGUGGGCGGUGGGUAUUUCGGGGGCGUUGAACCGAUCGCUUCAGUCAGCCGCGGCCACGGCUGAUAGAUUCGAGAGGAGGCUAUUCGCAGAGUAUGACGAGCAGAUGGAUGAGGAUGGCAGCGACGCGUAUGGGAUGCUGUGCGCGCAGCGGGGACAGGGGCAGCGGGCGGAGUUUGAAAACCGGUACAAGCACCUCGUGGAGACGCUGGGCGACCUUAGCCUUGCGGCCGAUAUUGACCCCGAGGCGGCAGCCACCCUCCUCGACGACAGCCGUGCCACGGAAGACCUCGACAACAUGCUCGCGCUGCUGAGGGCAGAGGAGCGGCAGAACUCGCGUGCGGAACAGUCUCGAGGCAGCGGCGGCGGGUCCUCCGGCGGUAAAGGCGGCUGUGCUGAAGGCAGCGGCGGUGGCGAUCUGCUGGCAACUCCGUGCCUCGAGUUCUUGCUGGAGGAGCGGAUCGUCAAGCUGCUCUGCGAGCUGGGCGCCGCAGACAGACCGGCGGGGACCCUGGCUCUCGUCCUCGGGGCGAUCGCCUCCCUGCUGGGCCAGGUGAGUCACCCUUUGCUGCCGUCGCAGGCGGUCCACGGCCCCAUCGGCAACCUGGUCGCGGCCGCCGGAGCGCACGGACAGAGGUUGGAAGGGGCCGGGGGAACCAGCAGGGCGGGGAAGGGUCGACCGCAGCUGGGCAGCGGCCAGCGUCGAAUGCUGAGCAGCAGCAGCAGUAGCAGCCGAGCAUCCUCCUCCGGCGUUGCGCAGGGGAGGGCGCGGGCGCGAGUGCAGGCGAACCUCGCGCGCCUUCUUGGAGCGAUAUGGCGAAAGCUGAGAGAAGAGAGCGCAUUGCUCGAUUUCUUCCUACGCGCGGACGGUACCCCAGACCCGCGAAGUGAUGGAACGACGGCGACGGGGGGGGAGGGCGCUCUGCGGUUAGACGUGUUCGACAAGCUCCUGCCGCUGCUGGAGCUACCAGGGAGGGCGGGCCAGCAGGCUCGGGAGGCCUGUCUGGUGGCGCUGAGUGUCAAAGACCCGCGAGUCGGCCGGUACAUCGCCAGCAGCACGCAGCUUUGCGCGCAGCUCGCGCAGACCCUCACUUCCCGAUACCUGGCGCUCUACGACACCCUGGAGGAGCUCCAGGUGGCGGCGGAGCUACCCACGGGGAAGGAGGAGGGCGGGGCGGGGGGUGUCGCGGGGAUAUUGACGCAGCAGCAGCCCGAGCGGGCGGAGGCGACGUUCACGGAGGCGCUGUCGCUGUUUCUUCAGCACCUGCGGUUCUGCAACGCGGUUGGGCUCGUUGCGGCGGACACGCAGGCGUGCUUGCGGCCUCCUUCGGAGUCGAACCCCAACAACAAUAGCGGCGGCGGUUCUGCCGUAGGGACCGUCGCUCCAGAAGAAGGCAGUGACGUCAUCACGGCGCGCGGGGAAACGCACGCAAAUCGCGACUCCGCGAAACCAGACGACGGAGUAGCGGCUUCGUUAGCUUCUCAGGUGCGACACUUGCUCCUGAGCAACGCCAUCGGCCCGGCGCUCACGAGCGCCCUCGAGACUCGAGCUAGGUGGACGACAACGAUCGUGGCGCGAACGAUGACGGAGCUCUCGUCAGGGGCGGAAGGGUACGGCGUCGCGGUGGCCGGGCUUGCAGCUUCUGUCCAAGAGGGUGGCGGGGGCCGCCGACCACUCGGGCCUCUCGUCGACACGGUUUCGACGUUCCUGGUCGGGCGAGAGUUGUCGGUGUUCAGCAGCGGCAGCAACAACAGCAACAGCAGCAGCGGUGGUAGCGUGCCAACAUCCCCUUCCAGGAAAGGCUGUGCAGCGGCGGCGGCGGCGGCAGCGCCACUGACGAAAUCGCGAUCGCGAGCGGGGUCUCUGUCAGGCUCGGGCGGGUCGUCGAUGGUGCUGAUGACGAGCCGGUGCUCGGGGUCGAUCGUGUGCUUGCGUGACGUGCUGCUUCGGCGGCUGGAGCCGUCCUCGCCGUCCCAGCUGCGCGUGUCCACGCUCGAGCUCCUGGGGUCGUUGGCAGAGCUUCGGGAUGACUGCGUCCUCCUCGACCUCGUCUUACGCCCGGGGUCAGAGCCGCUGACACCGGCAGCAACAACAGGGGACCAACGUCAUCCGCGGAGCGAGGAAGGAGGAGGUGGACAGAGGUGGAGCGUCGAGGCUCUUCUUGACGACGGGCAGGGCGCGCUGGAGGGGCUCCGUGUUUCCCGCGCCAUGGUGGACUCGUUCGGGUCUGCGUUUGGCGGGUCACCGAUCCACCCCAACUUUCGCCUGUUCUCGGCGUCUUCGCACCUCAGCUUGGAAGGCUACCUCGUUGCGGCGCAACAGAGGCAGAUUCACCAGCUAAUGGAGGGUGCCCGAGGGGGAUGCUCGUCGGGGGAGGGGGGGAAGGGGGGCGGGGGGGCGGCAGCAGACGUCGAUACGGACAUGCUUGACAUGGUUGUCGGCAGCGAUGGAGGGAAGGUACUGGAGGCAGUGGCGGCGGUGGCGGCGACGGAGGAAGGGGAAGAGGGAGGGGCAGCUAGUAGAGGCUGCAAUCGCGGUGCCUCGCAAGGGGGGGGGUUUGGGGAGUUCGAUGCCGCUGCCUUUGUGCGGAAGCACGGGGACAAUCUAGCUAGCGCGGCCGAUGCCGAUGGCUCUUUCCUCCACGCCCUCUUCGAUUGCCUCGAGGCGGUCUUCGAGAGGAGCCUGGAGGAGAACCUGGAGGUUACCGGAGUGCUGAGCAGCCUGUGCCUGGCGGCCACCGCUGCCGAGGUGUCCCCGGUGCGUCGCCUCCUGUUGCUGCUGCUCUUUGACGGCACCCAGGACGCUCCUUUCCGCAGCAUGCGGCGGAUAUUGGAAAAGCUGUGGGCCUCCGCCCAGGAGCGUGUCGCCUCCCUGCCGAACGCCCGGCGUCUGUUGGCGCAGGCCCGAGCCUCUCUCGGCAUGCCCGCGAUCGGCGAUUCAGAAGAGACGGCCGAUGUCGCCGGGGUGACGGGACCGGCGCGGAGGGGGAGGCAGGGCAGCCGGGGCAUGAGAGAAGAGCUCAGCAAUUCCAAAAGGCGGCAACAGGUUCAAGGUGGUGUAGAUGGCGGCGGCGGUGUGGGCGUGAAGCGGGGGGCAGGGGACGCCCGCAGCGCGGACGCGCCAGGUGGCGAGGGCCGCGCCACCGAUUCCUCCACACACAGCAGUGAGCAGCAGCAGCAGCAGCAGCAGCAGCAGCAGCAGCAGCAGCAAGAGCCACAAUCGUCCACGUCCCACUUUUUGGGAACGUACGUCUUCUUGGAGGAGUUUCUCAAGGAGCUCUUCUGCGCGCUGUCCGCCAAGAACGGCGUCGAGUCUGACGCGCAGGGGCUGUCCGAGUCUCACCGCCAGGGGUCGGCGGAGCUGCACACCGGGAUGCUGUCUGUUGACGGAGAGGCUAGCCCAAAGCCGCCCGGUGCGGGCCGGGGGGGGGAACGGGGGACGGGGGGCGGCGGCGGGAGGGGGUUUAGUGGAGAGGGGGAGGCCGGGGCGGGUGGGGAAGCAGAGAACGAAGAGGACAUCGACGAGCUGCCGACUUCGCUGGAUGAGCUCCUCAAGGAAGCUGCGUUUCCCACGUUUGUGUCGCCUCCCGUCUUGUGUUGAAAACCUGGCCUUCCGUGACUCGAUUUGGCUGAAGGAGUUCUGGUCGCGUAACGCGCGAAUUGUCUGUAGAAUUGUAAUACUUGUAAGUGGAGUGAGUGGGGGUGGGCGGCGGAAGUGAGAGUAUGUGUCCCCAGGAUCUCCCUCCGCGCCGUGUUAGAUGUACAUUAGGACCCCCUGUGACUUGUCGAGUGCCCUUUAUCGUUCAGGCUUGUGAACUGUUAUCCUCGCUUUAUGCACCCUUUGAUACAGAAGUCGUCGAAAACGAUUUUCUGAGUUGCUCGGUGGUGUUCUCAUGUUGGGUGCACCGGCACCAAAUCAUGCCAAGACAUAUCAUACACACCGUGUGCGUUUUUUUUGGUAAGAACAUUUGCCGCCGGAUGUUGUAGCUGACAAGAUUACGAACAAACGACGUGAUACCAAACUCGACAAAAGGGUCAGCAUAUCCUUCCGGAGGAUUGGUGGAGGGGGGUGCUUGGGUAAACCACAGCAACCGUUUUCGUUUGCUCCACGCUUUCAGCUGGGGUCGUUGCCAUGCUCGGGCCAAUUGUCCCAGGGCAAACAGCGGCCAGAGCUAGUAGCGUCCAGCAAAGUUUUCCUGGUAGACCAUGAGUAACGGAGUAGUAAAUCACCUUAGUGAGCUUGAUCACCGGCUUGUUCUGAUCACUUCGUGUCUACAUAUCCCGCAUUUCGUACCCACACCUACAUCUUGAGGACCUAGGUAGUCGGCACAGCAGUUUCCUGACGAGAACUCGGUCUUUGAGUUCUCAAAAAAGUAAAUUUACGUACGUGUCAGUAGCUCGUGAUCUCAUUGGUGGACGUGCGUGAGUCCGUUCCGUUCUGAUGUAUGUAUGCAAGGCGUGCGGUGGUUGCUUUUUUUCUUGGAGUUGCAAUUGCAAUCUCUUGGCGGUCUUGGAAUCGGUCCUGGUUUUUUCGUACUUCUUUCGGUAGCCGAUGGUACGCAUACAAACGAUUUGGGAGACGCGAAGGCUCACACGACGCAUCGCCGCCCUGCUUGCAUGACAAUCAACCCCAAAGCUGGCAAGGACAGGUCGGUCUCACCUUCACCCUUUUGGCGUUUGCCCUCUGGAAGACGGCUUGUCUUCUUGCCGUGGUGCUCUUGCCACGCAUGAAUGAAUAGUACGAUAGUUCCGUGUCGUGCACAUGCUAUUGACUACGUUGAGGAGGAGGGGGGGGGGGGGGGGGGGGGGGGGGNGGGGGGGGGGGGGGGGGGGGGGGGGGGGGGGGGGGGGGGGGGGGGGGUCGUGUUGUUUUGUAUUCUACUCGUAGUGUGUGCGUUGGUGCGGGUUCUGGAAAGCGUGUCUGCCUGCACAGCUAGAUGUGUAUCUUCACGCGCAGAGGUUGGUUGAUAUGGAUAGGCGCCACCACUCAGUCUUGUUGCGAUUAGUUUUCCGGUUGGGAAGGUGAUGCUGCUGUUGCGGCAGUUUUUGUGGUGUUGUAUUUGCGGUGACGCACGUCUAUCUCUGCUUCUCCUCUUGGCCUGUGUGCCUGCGUGUACCAUAAAGGUAUUUCGCCUUUGCUCCUUCCCUCCCUCCCGUGGUUUCUUGUUCCCUUUUUUGCGGUUGUUUCGUCGCUCCGGCUGGAGAAACCGGCCUUGUUGUUUUGUUACACCCACCGCCCAUUAAUUGAUUAAUAUGUGCCCUCGGAACCCUGAUAGAGUUUUGCUUUGAGACUGAGGAGGAGGCCUGCUGCUGAGCGUGGUUCAUAAGUGUCGUUGGUUCCUCUGCGAUGAACACGGGGUCGGUCGGGGAUUUGUGAUUUGAUACUGCUGUAUGCAUACGUAGUAGACAUGUUGAGGGGCAGAAAGAACGAAAGGUAGCUACAUUAACAGAUGAGUGAAGCCCACACACCGUAGGAGGGCUGGGUGGUCGAUAGUCUCGGCAAGGAUGCCGG